ACACCAUGAUCUCUACAUCCCUACUGCUGCUGCUGCUGGCAGCCGUACACUGUGUUCACUGUGUUGAGCUGAUCCAGACCGGAUCCACAGUAUUAACUCCUGGUCAGUCACUGACUCUGACCUGUAAAGUGUCUGGAUAUUCAUUAACUGAUAACAGCUACUGUACAGGCUGUAUACGACAACCUGCAGGAAAAACUUUGGAGUGGAUCGGAUUUAUAUGUGGUGAUGGUAGCACUUACUACAGUGAGAAACUGAAAAGCAGGGUUCAGGUUUCCAGAGACACGUCCAGCAGCACAGUGACAUUAACAGGGCAGAACAUGCAGACUGAAGACACAGCUGUGUAUUACUGCGCUCGUUACCACAGUGAGACAGUAUUGAAUGUAUUGAACUGGUUCAGCCUGCAGUCAUGGUGGGUAAACCUGGAGAAUCAUUUUCAGUCCCCUGUAAGAUCACUGGAUACUCAGCCACUAGUUCCUGUACUAACUGGAAACUCAACUACUAGUAAGUGGAUUCGACACUUAUCAGGACAAGCUCUGGAAUGGGUCAGCUGGCACUGCAGCUCCAGUAAUACUGGCAGCCGCAAUUCACUAAAGAACAAGAUCCGUUUCUCAGCAGAUGUCUCCAUCAACACUGUGACUUUACACAGACAAAACUUUCAGACAGAGGACACAGCUGUGUAUUACUGUUCACGAGAGACACAGUCAUUCAGAUUACUGGUGCAGCUGUACAAAAUCUUAUAUCAUUCCUGCAGUCAGACACUGAUUGAGUCUGAUCCAGUGAUCAUCAAACCUGAUCAGUCUCAUAAACUGACCUGCACAGCCUCUGGAUUUAACUUUGGUAGCUACCGGAUGGCUUGGAUCAGACAGGCGCCUGGAAAAGGACUGGAAUUUGUUGCAAGCAUCUACAGUAGUUACAUAUAUUACUCCAGUGCAGUUCAGGGCCGCUUCACCAUCUCCAGAGACGACAGUAAGAAGCAGGUGUAUCUGCAGAUGAACAGCAUGAGGACAGAAGACACUGCAGUUUAUUACUGCGCU